AUACCCGCCUGACAGCGUGCGCUGUUUACAUUUUUUGUAAAUUGUCAAGACAAAACACGCGACUUUCGUUUUAAUUUGUUCACUGCGUUCACUGUAGAAAUCAACGUUAUUGUCGUCGAGAUACUUGGGAAAAAUAAAAAUUUACCAACAUAGAUUGAAUAUAUAAAUCAAUUUUGUUCUUGGAGUAUUUAAAAUUCUUGUAAAUAUGACUAAAAUGGUCAGUAAAGUUAAGGCCAAUAAAAAAGGGCUGAAAGGGUUACUCAAAAAGUUUCAUGAGCAGACUAAGAAUCCAGAAUGUUUCUUAAGCGCACAACCUAAACAUACGGAGAAUAUAAAAGAAUUAUUGAAAUCUCUGUACGAUUAUGGACAAAAAUUAAACGAUGAAGAAACUCCUCUUAAGCCUUAUCUUGAAGAGUUAGUUGUAGAUGAAAUGGAUGAUGAACAGAUUUGGCAACAAUUAGAGUUAAAAAAUGAGCAAUUACUCAGUGAAGAUUUGUCUAAAACCUCCCAAGUUCUAUCAUUUAGUUCUAAGCGGAUAAAGCUUGCAUUCAAGAAAAACGACAAGGAUAGUCAACGAUCUGAGGAAAAGAAUAACGAAAAUGACACGGAGGACUUGGAAAAAGAAACUGCAAAUAUUCAACGAACAAGCAAAAAGAAACUGUCCACAACGAAAGAAAAAAGAAUCGUGAAACGAUCCGUAGUGGAUGACGAAUUUUUCCGAUUGGAGGACAUGGCCCGCUUUUUAGAUGAAGAAGAUAAACGAGAAACCAGAAGGCAAGCUGGAAAGCCGGAACAGAAUCCAUUGAUCGAAAUUGAUUAUUUCGAUGAACAUGCAGGAGAGGAUGACAACGAUAAUGAAGAAGGCAUAAAAUAUUCAGACUUUUUCGAUGAUAACGAUGAAAAUGACAGCGAUGAACAUUCAGGUGAAGGUGAGAACAACGAAGACGAACCAAGUAGUUCUGAAAACGAUAAUACGAAAAGCCAGCCGGAUUCAGAAGAUUCCGCAGAUGAAGUAGAACGUAAUCGAAGACUACGUUAUGAGUUGUAUGCGCACUCUGGAGAAUUUAUAGAAAAGAAAGAAAGAAAACGUGACCCAAGUCCCCAGAUAGAAAACAGCGAUUCCGAAUCAGAAAGCAAAAGAAACAAUCUAGAAGAUAAUCAACCCAAGUCGUCUUUUGAACUAAGACAAGAAAAGCUACAGCAAAGAAUUCAAAAAAUGGAAGAUCAGAUGCUGCAAGAAAAGCCCUGGCAGCUUAAAGGAGAAAUAUCCGCCGAUACACGACCUCAAAAUUCUCUCUUAGAAGAACUUCUAGAAUUCGAAUCAACUACUAGGCCGGCCCCUGCUAUCACAGAAGAAACUACAAUGCGACUGGAAGAUAUUAUCAAACAACGUAUACGAAACAAAGCAUUUGAUGAUGUAGAGCGAAAAGUCCGUCCACCAGAAAACCCUCGAGAAUAUCGUAAACAGUUAGUAUUGGAUGCUGAAAAAAGCAAACAAUCGUUGGCAGAAAUCUAUGAACAAGAUUAUCUAAAGCAGUUGGAGAAGGCUAAUCCGAACUCGGAUCUAGUUGAAGAGGAGGAACCGAAGGAGCACAAACAAAUCCGUUCUAUGAUGAAAACACUGAUCGCGCAGUUAGAUGCCCUUUCCAACUUCCAUUACACACCUCGGCCAGCCGUACCAGAGUUGAAGAUCAUUACUAAUACACCGGCAAUCAACAUGGAGGAAGUGGCACCGGUCGCAACGUCGGAUGCUGCACUUCUUGCUCCAGAAGAGGUUCAUAACCGACCUAAAGGUGACGUGAUGAGCAAGGAUGAGCGUAGCAAAGCCGACAAGAAUCGCGAACGCCGGCUGAAGAAGCGGUUCCAGCGAGAUAAAUUUGCAAAGCAAGCGGAAAAGGAGCGCCGCUUAUUAGAGAAAGGUGCGCCUAUAAAAGCGAAGGCUACGCAGGAGAAACUACUCAAAAAGGUUACAAAAGCAAAAAAUGUAGUCGCGUUGAAAGAAACAAAAGGGGUUUCCAAGUCGUCGGCAGCGUUCUUUUCGCAGUUGCAGGAUGCAGUUAGCACGCAAGUAAAACGAAAACUUAACCCAGAUCUAAACCAAAGUAAGAAAACUGUUUCAACGCUACAGGCUACGCAUAUUAAAUUAUAGAUUGGUCUUAGCACAAAGUAUAUCAAUUGCAAAUCGA